AUGAACUUUUGUGAACAAUGUUUUGAUAUUUUUGUGAGUGAAGAUCAAAUUCUAUUGUGUUCAUUGUCUCAACAACAUCAGAUCAUUUCCAAGUCAUUACUCGAUCAAUGGGACUACCUGUCAACUGUAGCAGGAAUAGGAAGUGAAGGAUCAACAUCAAUCACGCUUCGAAAUCGUCGUGGAAUAUUUCUUGAUGAAAACAAUGCAAAUCUAUUUGUUGCUGAUUGUGGAAACAAUCGAAUACAGAAAUUCCAUUUAGGUUCAUUUGAAGGUGAAACAAUCAUUUCGAAUCAAACAUUUCCACUGAACUGUCCAAAUGGAAUCACAUUGGAUGACCAAGGUUUUGUAUUUGUUGUUAAUUCCAGCAAUAAUCGAAUUCUUGGACAGAAUCCCAAUGGUUUCCAUUGUUUCAUCGGCUGUGAACAAUCAGUUGAACCAAACCCAAAUCAAUUAAAUUCUCUAUCGAAUCGUCACUUUGAUUCAUUUGGAAAUCUUCUUGUGGUUGAUCAACAAAACCAACGAAUUCAACGAUUUGAUUUGAUUCUCUAUUCAGGACAAUGGACAACAACUGGAAAUAUGAGUGUUGCACGACAAUGGCAUACAGCAUCGAUUUUAUUCAAUAAGGCAAUAUUAGUGACAGGUGGAUGUUGUGCUCUCAACAGUGCCGAAUUGUAUUGA